CUCUAAUGGAGUUUGUCAACUCUGUAUGGGAUUAUUUGUGUUUGUGUUUUUUUGGGACACGACUGUGUCGACCUGUUUGUGAGGUGUUCUCUUUGGUUUUUGUCAGAGUAAGAGUUAGUACGGGACUUUUCCGGAUGUAUAACAGUGUCGGGUUGAACUUUCCACAUUUAUACUAACAUUCCCAUUUGCCGAUUUUUCCUUGUUCAGCUGAAAAUGAUGUCCAAGGCGCCAAGGUGGCCUGGGAACAACACACCUGCACAGAAGUCGAGGGGGAGGGAACCAGCUGGAUCAUCAAUACCUGCAUCCAGUACAGCCAAACAGGCUGGCAGCCAGACGUCUAAACCCAGCGUCAGGUGUGGACGGAGCCACAGCCUCAGCAGCAGAGGCAGUGAUCCGGCUGCUAGCGCCAGUGGAUCUGGGGGCAGUUUGAAAAGAGGCAGCCUCGGCCAGCAGGGCAGCGGGCAAACGUCUCGCUCAGCCAGACCGGUUCUACGCCUCUGCAGCAGCCGGAGCUUCUCAUCCCUCCACACCUCGGCCCUCAGCGCUGCCCCGUUCAUGAGAAGCAGCCGCUCCCUCAACCGCCUCGACCAAAGAUCCACCGGAAGCGGCCGUGAAGCUCAAGUAAAAAACCAAACCAAAGAAAAGAUCAAAUUGAAUUCUGGUCAGUUAUCGGCCACCGAGGAGCCAAUCAAAGACAACAUAGACGAGUGUCAUGAUGAGAAAGCUGAGGAGUUGAAAACCAGGAGCCCUUGUGAGCCUUCAGAGUCUCCCUCCUCUUUGGUUUCCACCACAUCAUGUCACCAGCAUUGCAACAAAGAAAAGAAACAGACCAGAGAUGGAGUCCACACUUUCUGUGCGAUGACCUCCGAGAAGAAACACAACUGGGUCCAAGCUGUGUUGAAGAAUGUGCUGCCAGGUUUUACACCUGACGUCACAGGCUCUGUUUCACAGCAUCAGGACUCGCAGUCAGCUGAGGAUCUGGAGAAAGCAGAGGAAACACAUCAGCAGCAGCAAGAAGAGGAACUGCAGCGAGAGGAACUGCAGCGAGAGGAAGUUCGGCGUUCCCCCCCCAGUCCUCCACGGCAGGUCAAGGAGGGUGAGGAUGCCGCCUGGAGUCAGGGUUCGCUUCUCGAUGCAACCGCAGUGACCGGUGUGACAGAUCCACCAUCGUUUGUUGAUGGAGUUGGAAGUGACAGCAAAACCUUCACUGCAAUGCAAUCAAAUGUUCAGAGUUUUGAUGAACAUUCAGAUAUGCUGAGUAAAACUGAGCAGAGUUGGCAGCUUGAAAAGACCUCGACCCGCAGCUACGAGCAACAAGUUUGUGACCAACUUCCCUGUGAGCAGCAAACUGGACGACUUGUCAAAGAGCUGCAGGAUGAGCUACAACAGGAGAGAGCGAGGCAUUCAAUAGAAAGGGCUCAUCCAGAGAAUGAUCUUCCCUCAAACUCCAAUGCGGAACAAGCAUCGGCUUUCCAGAGACUGCAGAAGAUAAACCAUGACCUCCGCCUGGAGCUGGAGGCUAAAACCAGGAGCCAGGAGAAAGCCAGGGAAGCCGAACUACGGCAGCGGGUGGAUCUCUUAGCUCAACAGGCACAAUUGCUUGUCACGGGAGACGCCACUGCACUCGCACAGGCCCAUCUGGACCAGGAUCGCCAGCGUUUUCACGAGCAGCAGAUGGAGUGGGAGCGUUGCGUGGCCUCUCUGAAGACCCAGCUGAGUUCCAGCGACGAGAAGCGGAAGGAGGCCGAGCUGCGCUUCAAACAGCUGCAGCAGGAGCUGCAGAGUUACCACACUCUCCAGCAGGAGGCCGAGAGCCUGCACAAACAUCUUCAAGAGGUGACGACUGAGCUUCACUCCAACGAGGAAGCGCAGGCGCAAAAGGAGGCUCGCCUACAGAAGCACCUCACGCUUCUUCAAGAAAGUCAGGACCGAGAACGGAGGAGCUUGGCCUCGAGCCUGGCACAGGCGGAGCAACACUCGCGGGAACUGCAGGAGAGGCUGGACAGAGCGGAACGGCACGUGGAUGGUCUGAACAAGACUCCGACCUGGACCAGGGACAUCGAGGAGGCUCAACAGCAGCUCCAAGAGGAGCUGGCCUGCACAGUGUCUGCCGUGCAGAAACUUCAGGAGGAAAAAGAGCAGCUCGAUCGCCACUGUCGAGAGCUGCAAAAGCAGUUGUGUGAGGCGGACGGGGAGGUGAGCCGGCUGCAAAGCCGCUUGAAAACAGAGGAGACAGACUACUACAACCUCGAGCACUCAUUCGAGAGGGUCAGCGAGGACUUGCAGUUGGCGUUAGGGAAGGUGCAGCAAAAUGAGUCUGAGACACAGGACAUGCGAGAAGGCUACGAGAGGCUCCUGGACAGGAAGGAGCAAGAGCUCAGCGAAGCUUUGCUCAAGAUGGAAAUCUUAGGUAAUAGCCUGGAGGAGACAGAAAUGAAGCUGAAUGAGGUAUUGAAAGGUGGAACCUGCAACCCUUCACAGCCAAAGCAUGAACAUCUAGAGCCUGCUCAGCAAAAUGAGAGACAGGCUGAUCGUUUAACUACAAGCAACAGCAGGCCGAGGGAAAUAAACAGCGUGAACGGCUCAAAUGCAGGAGAUGACCCGGAGCAGUUUCUGUCUGUGAUCCAGAUACUUGAAACCAAGCUUCAUAUAACAGAAGAGAAACUGAGGGAUAUCAUGGAAAGACUGCAGGAGCACCACGGUCACGUCGGCUGCCGGGACCCUCACCUUUGCUCCCAGCUCACGCAGAGCCGAGCCAGCGCUCAGCACCUCAGUCUGCUCCUUCACAGUCAGGCCAAGCGGAGCAAGCGCUUCGCCCAGGAGACGGAAAACCGCUGUGGGAUGCUGGCGGGCAGGUUUCGCUUCGCUCUGAACAUCCUACGAGCCUGCAGAGAGACGCUCCAGGGCACUCAGAUUAACAUCACGGACUUUGAAAAGCAGCUAAGCGCCGUCGCGUCUUGCCUCCGUCAGGGAGAGAGAGAUGCAGAGAAACAUCAGCAGGAAUCGCACAAUGCCAGCAAAGGAGAGGACAAGAUCCUCAAGGACGAGGCGCUAGCUGGCGCCGAGAGCGACGUCGGCGGAGAAGGGAAACCCGCUAGAGCGUUACCUUCAAACGAUGGCGCGGAAAGUGUUGGCGAGUGUUUAAUGAGGGAACUAGUUGUCGUGGAAAAAAUGGUGUCUGUCCUUCAGAGUCAUCGUGUCACUGAGCAACAGCCCUUGGAACCGAGAGAGGAUGAGGGGGAUUUGGCACACAAGUACAAAAGCAUAAUCUGGCAAAGAAUAGCUUUAAAAACAGUAAAAAGGAGCAAUUCCCGGAGAGCCGAAUGUGACAACGAGGGAUGUUUAGAGAGGGCCAUCAGCGGAGUCUGUGCUGAAGCGGAGCUCAUUCACGCCGCCUUAAAAUGUCCACAGCAAGCAAAUAAUCGAGAAGCGGAGCUUCGACUGGAGGUUCUGGCAGAUCCCCCGGAAUUGACUCCUUAUGAGGAGGAAGGGGAAAAUAACGAUUCAGAAGGAGCUGCUGAGCCAGUUGAAAGGGAUGAAGCUAAUGUCCAAAGGGUAGAGGCGGAGAAAUCGGAGUGGUUGAAGAGACUUAUAACCCGGCUGAAGAGAAGGGCUAAAUUCUUACAACAACUCUGCCAGGAGGAUUCCGAUGGCCACGCAGUCGAGUGCAGUACCGACGAUCACUGGGAAAACGCCUCAACGGCUGACUUAAAUUGGAUGCAGGAGCAGGCGAAGUUGAUUUAUCUGUGGGAGAGGCUGUAUUUGGAUUUAGAGCAGCAGCAAAGCGUGGUGUUACAGGGCAAACUGGAAGCCCUGUGCCAAGAGCAGGAUAACACAUUAAAGGAUGAGCUGGAGGCUUUUAAUCACACCGUAUGUCAGCUUCAGGAGGACAACGGUGUGUUGAGAGGAGAACUAGAGCGUGCACAGCAAAGGAUCACGUCUGGGGAGACUGGGAACCGGAGGCUCUCUGAAGAUUUACUGAAGAUCAACGACUAUCAUGAUGAACGGAUGAAAAAAAUGGAAACUGAGUUCCAAGAGAAGAUAAGGGAACUGCAACAGAUCCACGAGGAGGAGAUGAAACACAUGCAUGGUUAUUACACCUCCUCCCUACCAGAGCAGACUGUGAUGGAGAGAAAAACCAUGCCGACAAACGGGGCAGUAGCAUUGGGAGAGGCUUACCAGAAAGAUCUUGAAAGACAUGAGGCGUCCUGUUAUCAAGACGUUGCUGCUAUGGAGGAAAUGCAAAGGCAGAUGAUUUUAGAUCUACAGCAGCAGCAUCGGGCGGAGGUCGCUGCCCUUCUAGAGGAGAGAGACAAGCUGCUGCAGGAAGAGACGGCUGCCACCAUGGCCGCCAUCGUCGCGAUGAGGAGAGCUCAUAAACAGGAGCUGGAGAAAAGCCGACAGUCCCAGCGCACAAAGGACAGCGCUGACGUCACACAACUGCACAUUGAAUAUGAGAAGGACAUUCGGUCGAUGCAUAAGGAGCUCGAGGUGUUGUCGGUUCAACACUCUCAGAAAUGCCUGGAAAACUCUCAGCUGAGCCAGGAGCUGCACGAUGAGAGACAGUCCUUGAUGCAGUACCAAAAGGAAAUCCAGGAGCUGAAAAAUAAACAGAGAGAAACAGAUGAAAUGUCUCAGAUACAUUUCUUGCGAAAUGGGAAACAGUCCCACGUUUCCCCUAAAAUAAAGGACUUUUAUGAGAUGGAGGUGAUUCUGCGGGCGAGGGAGGCAGAAAUGCAGUUUCUCAGACAGGAAGCUCGUUCUCUCCAGGAAGAUUUAAAGCUUGCUCGAAUGGACAAAAUAUACGCCGAGAACAAGCUCAAGGCCCUCUACAACAGCCAGGAUGAAUCCCAUCAUGACGUCAACAAAUUCUUGGCCGAUGUCAAGUCGGCCACUUGGUCUCCAAGGGCCGACGCUCCAGGACAGACCGCCGAGGGCACUGUGACAAAAACAAAUAAUGCUGGUUUUCUGAAGAAAACAGUUAAAUCAACCCUCACACGUCAGAUAAGAGGAGUGAGAUCAAAGAGUUUAAAAGACGGCCUUUCUGUCCAAGAAAGAAUGAAGCUGUUUGAGUCAUUCUGAUCAAAACCAGAUGUGCAUCUGUGUUUCAGAGUAAAACUGCUGUUUGCUCGGUGCAGUUUGAACACACAAUAUAUCUCUGCCUAAUAUUUGUAACUGUUGUUGUUUCACAUGUGGGCUUGUUAUUUUAUUUGUUACUUUUUUACCGUGUAUAAUGUGGAUUUGUGGUUAUUUAUUGUUGAUAUGCUAUCUGCAAAAUAUGUUUCCUUGUGUGUGUGUGUGUGUAUGUUAGAUGAAUAAAGACAAAAGAGCGUUACCACUA